AUGGGCGGAAGCAACAGUCAGCCUACUUACAGGGACCUUCCCAACAAUACUGCAUCAUGCUGGUGGAAAGACUCUUGCCUCCGCCGCAAUGUCCUUUACGGCGUCGGGUGUAUGAUGUGUCCAUUUUAUCUUGGAUUUGACCAGUCGCUGCUUACUGGUCUUCAGGCGCUGCCCCAGUGGACAAGCUAUUUCAAUCACCCCUCUAGCACACUACUGGGCCUCAUGUCUGCUGCCAUUUUCCUCCCAGGGAUAUUCAUGGGUUUCGUGGCGGCGUGGAUUUGUGGUCGUUGGGGCCGCAAAAACUGCGUCUUGGUAGGGGCAACACUCAUGAUUGUCGGCGGCAUCUGGAACGCCCUGUCGGCAGACACUGCUCAAUUCAUUGGCUCCAGAGUCAUUCUAGGUACCGGUGGUGCAAUUACCAAAGUUGCUGCGCCAGCUCUUUUGCAAGAGACAGCUCACCCACGACUACGACCUGCAAUGGGCAACAUGUAUUACGGUUUCUACUAUGUUGGAUCUCUGUUGAGUGCUAUAGUAUGCAUCAUUGGCCUUUACAUUGAUGGCGAAUGGGGCUGGCGCAUGCCAUGCAUGCUCAUGAUUCUCGGGCCUAUCAUGGCGAUUUCCAUUCUUAUCACAGCUCCCGAGUCACCCCGAUUUCUAGUCAAGCUUGACAAAACCGACGAGGCUUUGAGUAUGCUCGCCAAGCAUCAUGCCAACGGGGACAGGGAGGAUCCCUUGGUCAAAUGGGAAUUUCAUGAAAUCACGGCAGCCUUGGAGCAUGAAAAUGCUGGGAAAAAUGCAUCCUACUCGGACUUUUUCAAGACUAGGGGCAACCGGAAACGACUCGCAGUGUCUUUGCUCAUAGCCGUUGGUGUCAAUUGGGUUGGCAACGGUAUCGUGUCAUAUUACCUAUCACCCGUACUUCGAUCGAUUGGCAUUGCAGCUCCUUCGGAACUGCUUGGAAUCAAUGCCGGUAUCGCUGCAUUCAACUUGAUCAUCUCAGAGGCCGCAGGCUACAAUAUCGAUCGAUUUGGACGCCGUCCACUGUUCCUCAUCUCGACUAUCGGAAUGAUUUUCUCGUAUGCCUUUGUUAUGGGAUUCUCAGCUGGGUUUGCUUACACCCAUACUGCUGCUCUGGGUAUCGCAGCUGUUCCCUUCCUCUUCCUCUUUUACGGAUUCUACGACAUUGCAUGGACCCCCCUGAAUUACUCAUACUGUGUGGAGAUCAUGCCGUACAACAUCAGGGCCAAAGGUCUAGCAAUUUAUCUGUGUGUUCAACAGAUUGCAAACGCCUUCAACCAAUUCGUCAAUCCCAUCGCGUUGGCUGCAAUCACCUGGAAAUAUUAUGCCGUCUAUAUUGCCGUCGAUUGUGUAUAUGUGGUUCUCAUCUAUUUGUAUUUUCCAGAAACAAAACAACUCACCAUUGAGGAGGUGUCUCUAAUCUUUGAUUAUGACAUGAAGGAAGGGAGGCAGUUGGCAAUAGCCGCAUUCGAAGCUCGGAUGGGUGGGGAUCAAUGGUCUGACCAGACCAAGGACGGCGAGAAUGGUGCCUCUAAUCAUGUUGAGUUUCAGCAAAACGCGUUCAACAACAAGGUUGUAGAUUGA